CUGGUCACGCGCUUACAACCUAGGAUAGUUCUUCAGAAGAAUAGAUAACGGCAAUAACGGUCACUCUUCGUCCCCGCAGAAGUUAAAAACCAACGGCACCCCACGAUUUCCAUGUUUCUCUCUCCAAUUAAUGAUAAUCGUUUGAAGUAAAAAUGGCUGCAAUUCUUGCUCUGAGCUACUUUAACUACGCUGGAUCAGUAGACACCACCCGACGAACCAUUUCAGCCAAAACGGGCCAAAACCAUGACCUCACUACCAGGCAAGCACCCAAAUCAGCUCGCUUUGAUCGGAAAAAGUUGAAGUUGCCGAAUGUUUCAACUCGACAAGAAGCUAUCUUGUUGAGUUUGGAGUCGGGUUUUGCGGAAGAUGCACUCCACCUGUUUGAGAAUAUGAAUACGCGGGACCCUUUUGUUUGGAAUGUUGUAAUCAGGGGACUAACUACCAAUGGGUACUUUCAACAUGCCCUUGAAGUUUAUUAUCGGAUGCAAAGCGAAGGAAUUCGAGCUGAUAAUUACACCUACCCUUUUGUGAUUAAGGCGUGUGCUGGGUCGUUUUCUUUGGUAGAAGGGCAAAAGGUUCACUCGAGGUUGAUUAAAGUUGGGUUUGAUUUGGAUAUUUACGUUUGCAAUUCGCUUGUUGCUAUGUACGCGAAGCUUGGGUUGAUUGGGCUUGCUGAGCGGGUGUUUGAGGAGCUGCCGGUUAGAGAUUUGGUUUCUUGGAAUUCUAUGAUUAAAGGGUAUGUUUCAGUCGGGGAGGGUUGGAAUGCGGCGUUGUGUUUCCGGGAAAUGCAGGAAGUUGGAUUGAGGCCUGAUAGGUUCAGCAUAAUCAGCAUUCUUGGCGCUUGUUCUCUUGAGUGCUUGUUGCGUUACGGGAAGGAAAUUCAUGGACAAGUGAUAAGAAGUAGAUUUGAAUUGGAUGUAAUGGUUCAGACAUCACUCGUUGACAUGUAUGGAAAAUGUGGUAGAGUGGAUUAUGCGGAGACGUUGUUUGAAAGGAUUUAUCAGAAAAACAUUGUGCUUUGGAAUGCUAUGAUUGCUGGAUAUACUCGAAAUGGGAAACCCAUAGAAUCAUUUGCUUGCUUGAAGAAAAUGCAGGAGGAAGAUAAGUUGAAUCCUGACAUUAUAACCGCAAUAAAUUUGCUCCCAUCUUGUGCACAAAUAGGAGCUCUCCUACAAGGUAAAACUAUCCAUGGUUUUGCUAUGAGAAAAGGCUUCCUCCCUCAUUUGGUAUUCGAGACUGCUCUUGUUGACAUGUAUGGAAAGUGUGGGGAGCAGAAACUCGCAAGAAAAGUUUUCAGCAACAUGAGUGAAAGAAAUCUGGUAUCAUGGAAUGCCAUGAUUGCUGCUUAUGUUCAGAAUGGGCAUAAUAGAGAAGCCUUGGAACUGUUCCAAGAGUUAUGGAAAGAACCUUUAAAUCUAGACGCAACAACAAUCACUAGUAUUUUACCUGCCUAUGCUGAAGUUGCCUUGCUUAGGGAGAGUAAGCAAAUCCAUGGUUAUGUAGCGAAGUUAAAUCUCCGUUCAAGUACUUUUAUCUCAAAUUCAAUCGUUUACAUGUACGCAAAAUGUGGGGAUCUCCAGACUGCAAGGGAAAUUUUUGAUGGGAUGGUGUGUAAGGAUGUCAUUUCAUGGAACACCAUCAUUAUGGCAUAUGCUAUUCAUGGGUUUGGUGCAAAUUCAAUUAAAUUAUUUUCUGAAAUGAAGGAAGAGGGCAUCAAACCCAAUGCCAGUACUUUCGUUUCUCUGCUAUUAUCUUGCAGCGCUUCUGGCAUGAUAGAUGAAGGUUGGGCGUACUUCACUUCAAUGGAGAAGGACUAUGGGAUAUAUCCAGGAAUAGAGCACUAUGGUUGUAUGGUUGAUAUACUCGGCCGCUCCGGAAAUCUUGACCUAGCCAAACGUUUUGUCAGUGAAAUGCCAUUGGUCCCCACAGCCAGGAUAUGGGGGUCUUUGCUAGCUGCCAGCAGACAUCACAGAAACAUUGAAGUAGCUGAGCUUGCAGCUAAGCACAUUACUUCCUUGGGACACGAUAAUACUGGUUGUUACGUUUUGCUUUCAAAUAUGUACGCUGAAGCAGGGAGAUGGGGAGAUGUGGAACGCAUUAAAUUCCAAAUGGCGAAGGAAGGAUUAGAAAAAUCCUCUGGUUGCAGUACAGUUGAAAACAAUGGUAAGAAUUACAAGUUCAUCAACCUAGAUAUGUAUCAUAUGAAUACUGAUACGAUGUAUGAUGCUCUUAACAUUAUGUCAAGGAAGAUUGGAGAAGACAUUUACAUUCACAGUGUAUCAAAGUUCAGGCCCCUAGAUGUUAUAAGAAAAAGAUCUACCUCUCCGGAAUUCCACAGUGUUAGAUUAGCAAUUUGCUUUGGUCUGAUUCAAGUAUCACUUGGAAGUCCUGUUUUUGUUAGGAAAAACGUUAGAAUAUGUGAAGCUUGCCACAGUGCAGCAAAGAAGAUUGCAGAGAAUACUGGAAGAGAGAUUGUGGUGGGAGAUCAAAAGAUGUAUCACCACUUCAGAAAUGGCCGUUGUUCAUGCGGAGAUUACUGGUGACUUAGAUUUGUGGAUUGUAUAAUUUAGUAACCCCAGAUUUGGGACUUACAUGAGUACUGUUAUUGUUGUUAACUACAAAUGAGUAGGUAUAGACUUGUGACAAUUCAGACUCUUGAUUCAUUAAUGUUUUCUCACACAGAAUUUUUAUGAACUGGAUAGCUCUAA